AUGCAACAAAAGAGAAAAAAGCCAGUCAAUGAGGAACUAGUAAUAAAUGCAAUAGAUCAAGUAACGAUAGACGCAAUAUUUAAAUUACGCCAAUUGAUAGAGAAGUCCAUUGAAUUCAAUAAAUCAAUGUACACAUGCUUUGUAGAUUUAAAGCAAGCAUUUGACAAUGUACAGCUUAAGGAUGUCAUCGACCGACUGAACCAAAAAGAUGUCAAUAAGUGUCACAUAAACCUAAUAAAGCAGCUUAACAUAAGCAAUAAAACAAUAAUAAGGACAGAAUGUGGUCCAACAAGAGAACUGAAAGGCUCAUCCGGCAUAAGACAGGGACAUAGCCUUAGCCCAUGCCUUUUUACCAUCAUAAGCGACCAAAUAAUUGGAAGUGUGAACCAAGUCGAUGCAGAAUUCAAGAUAAACAACUACCGCCUGAGAAUACUCUGUUACGCAGACGAUGCUGUCUUGACGGCAGAGAGCGAAGAUGACCUCCAGCGCCUUUUCUACAGAUUCAACCUAACAGCACAGAGGCUUAAUAUGCAAAUUUCGAUCGAAAAAACACAAUCUAUGGUAAUAUCCAAGGAUCCGAUCCGAUGUAAGUUGGUGGUGAGUGAGCACAUUAUACAGCAGGUGAUGAAUUUCAACUAUCUGAGGCUACAAGUAUCGAGCAGCAGAGGUACAGUGAAUAAGGUGGAAAACCAGAUCAGAAAGGCCGUAAGAGUAUCAGGAUGUUUGCGAGAUAUAAUUUGGAAGAACAAAUAUAUGACUACAGGGAGCAAGACACGAAUUUAUAAGACCUACGUCAGACCCAUAAUGACCUAUGCCGUCGAGACAAGAGCUGAAACGUUUGCUACCGAAAGGAAAAUGAGAACAGCAGAGAUGAAAAUCCUAAGAACAAUAAAGGGGAUCACAUUACAUGAUAGGAUACGCAACGAGAACACCAGAAGAGAACUGGGAGUGCAGGACGUUGUCAGAUGGAUGAGAGAGAGACGCCGGUGUUGGAGAGACCACAUAGAAGGAAUGAGGCCAGACAAUACAAGAAGAAGAAGAACAUGA